AGGGGGGGCAGUCAGCGCUUUUCAGAAAUUACGGCGGGCGGUGGGGCGAACGGUGUGGCGGGAUAUGACGUUCGAUUUAAAGGGUAGGUGCGUAGGGGGUGGCCCCCGGGCGGGCUGCAGGGCGGCUGUUGACGGGUGCCCGGCGCGUGCGCGCUGCGGACGCCGCCCGAUUUCCGCACGAGCGUUGACAGUUUGCCCGGACUUACUUCCUCGAUACCGCGCGUCCGCGGCGUCGCAGCUUCAGGCCGAGUUCUGCCCACCUGGCCACCGGCCCAGACUCGCUCGCUUGCCCGCCGAUGGCGGAGUGACAACUCAACGGAAGGUAACCGAGGCGGCCCGGGGAUGGACUCUCAGCAGCAGCAGUACUGCCUCAAAUGGAACAGCUUCGGUUCAAACUUGGCCACGUCGUUCGCGAACCUCUGGAACUCGGAGAGUCUCGCCGACGUCACACUGUACUGCGAAGGCCGCCAAUUCAAGGCUCACAAAGUAAUCCUAGCGGCGUGCAGCAAGCAUUUCCAAGAACUCUUCGACACCGCACCGCCCAGCCAUGCGGGGGCCUGCUACGUCAUCCUCGAGGCCACCACGGCGGACAAUAUGCAGGCGCUAUUGGAGUUCAUGUACAAGGGCGAGGUCCACGUCAGUCAGGACGCGCUCUCCAGCUUUCUUAAAAGUGGGGAGAACUUACAGGUCAAAGGCCUCUCAAUGGAGAUGUCACAGGACGCAUGGGUAAAACAGCAGACGCAACAAUCCUCAGAACGCCACCAGACUCGCAUAAAGACGAGCCCAGUGUCCAACACAGGGAACUGCGACGGCUCUGAAGCGCAGCAGUCGCACACGUCGUUUGCGCCGAUAAUCCCGGGCUACGGGCUGCCGAUCCACGGCGGGGGUGCGGGGAUGGGACGCUACGCGCCUCCUGCGCAUGUUCCCUUACACCCGACGCCGCAUCGAAGACCUGCGCCGCCUAAAGCAUCGCCGUCUCAGAGUCCACAUGCUAGGAAUUAUAGACAAAGCUCAUCAUCGUCGCACUGCGGCAGCGUGGCGGAGGAGCCGGACACGCGCUCGUCGCCCGGCGCGGGCGCGGGCGCGGGGGGAGGCGCGGGGGGAGGCGCGGGGGGAGGGGCGCGCUACGACGAGCCGCCGGACUGCGCGCAGCUCAACGCCGUCAAGAACAACGGCUACGAGCGCACCGACGACCUCAUGGAGCGGCGGGACACAGACCAGGGGGCUGAAGAUUUACGGGUUAAAAACGAGAAUGACUACCACACGAGCGGAUAUAACAACGCGUCACCGCCGGCCGCGACCAUGCCGCCCAGCUACCACGACAAGCCGCUGGCCACCUCGCCCGUGCCCAAGCCCACGGCCGACAUGACGUGGCCCACGAAGAUGAUCACGAGCAAAUCCGGCGGCAUCGCCACCCCUGACGGCAAGAAGCUGAAGUGUCCGUACUGCGAGCGGCUGUACGGGUACGAGACGAACCUGCGCGCGCACAUCCGGCAGCGGCACCAGGGCAUCCGCGUGCCGUGCCCGCACUGCUCGCGCACCUUCACGCGCAACAACACCGUGCGCCGCCACAUCGCGCGCGAGCACCGCCACCAGGCGGCCCUGCAGCCCAACCCGGCCGGCCCGCUGCCCAACCACGCGCAGUAGGCCCCCCCCCCCCCCCCGCUGUACGAGUCGAACCAUAUUAUUGUAACCGGUAAUCUACCUCAAAAAUUGAUCUUAAGGUUAAUUUUAAUCGUGCGAUAAUUGUUACUUAAUUCCCCCGCGGCUCGACCCGCCCGGGUCGGCGCCGCCUCUCGGUCUUCGAAUAUGUCCGGUUGACCGUGGACGAAGUUACCUCUCCCCGGCCGGGACCGGGUCGGGGAUCUUAGAAAUGAUGUUGAGACUGAUGGUCUCAGGUGAUAGGCUAAGUGUAUGUAAAUAAUAGGAGAAUAUUGUGUGACGCCUUGGCCUAGGUUGAGACACGCGUUUAGGUUCGAUGUGGCAAAAUCUCUACAAUUUUUAUUUUCUACACCGUUUCCGGAGCAUUUUUAUACAUAUUAGAGUUACUGAUAGAUAAAUAUUUUAAUUGUAGUCCGCCGGGUUAAGUUUCUGCAACGCAUCUGUGAUACGAUAAUAGACGGGCAUUUAUUUUUCGCAUCUAGUUUUGCCACAUUGUACUCUCUAAGGGUUAUAGAGCUGUAGAUUUUUAGCAGUUUUGUACUGUACAGUGAACUUGAACGGUUUUAGUUUGUACGAAGUACAAUUUGCCGAUAGGAACGUAAGUAGUUAGGUAAAGAAAUAAAAUGGUGUUUUAAUAAUGAUGCACGUGAGAUGCAUGAAUGUGUUUACAGCCCAUAGUAUCUGUCGUUCCUUCGAUCCGAGCGGGUUGCCUUGUAACAAUUCUCAAAACCGACCUACUCCGCGACGAUUGCGCCUAAUUUGAUUGUUUUACAACGGAAGGAGUCCGUUUAUAACGAUUAAAUUAUGUCAGUUUUUAUCGAAUUUGAUAAUAAGUCUAUCUUUAAUUACUUGACGCAUAAAAAUACAAGCAAACUUGCGUUGUUACAUCGCCGCCGCCGGCUCGCUGCACGGGUGUUACUAUUGAGACCAAAAUAAUUAUAUGUUUUAAGGGGAUGGUAUCGAUUUUAACAUUCCGUUUUGAAGUGUUUUAUUUUUCUUUUGUCGUAGUGCAUUUAGGUGAAGGCCACUUACAUACCUUUAAUAUUCCUAGUCAUUUCAGUGCAACCACUUGAGGUUUUUUAUUAUUUAAUGAUAAUUUAGGGGUGGGUUUCGGGUCAUUGUAUUAUAUGUUGUGUGGACCCGCGGCUCGCUCUACUUGAGAAGUAACUAUCCUCUGCAAUACACGCUCUUUAGUUUUCGUAACUCAGAUGGGACAGUGCCAAAUAUCAUCAAUUUAAGUUCACAUCUAUUUUAUUUAUUUUAUAUUAUUCUUUUAUUUUGUUAAGUGUGGGUGUGGCGACUGUGUGUUAUAUUCCUGAUAUUUAGGAAUACGCUGCAUUCAUAUUUAUUAUAUUUAUAUUUAGGAUACACUAUUAAAUGUUUAUGAAGAGACAACGCCUUCCAAAGGCUCAGUGAUUUUAUUUUAGUGAAUCUAGUUUCUGUUAGGUUACCAUGGGAAGACAGCGUUUUAGUUAUCUUUUAAUGGUUUCGGGAUAUUAUUGUUUUCAAGUAGUUAAGUUCAGAGUUUGGGGCCGGAUCCGUCCGCAUAUGAAACAGUUUCGUCAAUAACAAUGUUCACUUUACGACAAUUAAUUAAUUUAUGACUGAAUCAAACGUAAAUAGAGUAGUCGCAGUAGUAGAUUACGAAAAGAACGAAAUUGCAGUACGACACGGUAUGAUUUGGCCCAAUUGUUCGUCUCCGUUUUGAUAUUUUAGUAGUUACCAAUCUACCUAUAUGACUGUGAAAGAUUUACCUCAUUCAAAUUUAUAAAAACAGGCUUCUAUUUUCUAUACUUAUACUUAUAUCGACGUUUAAGUCCAGUUUCUCUGUAAUCUUAAAUAAGUAACUCAGUUUUGAUUUCAAAGGUUGGAUCGGUUUUGGAUAGGUAUUUAAUCGUGGCAAGAGAUCGCAGGCCAACUGUCCUGUCUCCCGACAAUACAAACUUUAUUAUGAUAAUCUUUAUAAUAAUUAUCGCACAGAAUAAUAUUUUGUCUACUUUAUUGUAUUUGUCUGAGAUCUCUUCGUGGGUAGGGUGGGGUGUUUCAUGUUUAGUUGGCAUCGUUUCAAUAAUUAUCAUCAUUUUGAUCGUUUCUCAAGCGGUCGUUUUGAUUUAUGAUAAAAAAAAUCAUUGAUUUUGUGGCAUUAUUUCGAUUUUAAUGUUAAGACAGAAAUAUUUUGCUAUUUCGCUUAUAAAUUGUUAAAAUUACGUUAUUAUUUGUAAAGUGAUUUCGAAAGAAAUAAGGAAGAAUUAUAGUUAUAUUUUUGUCUUUUCGGUUAUCUAAUGAAUUCAAAAUUCAUAGUUGUGAUUAUUUUCUUUUCGACAUUUAAUGUUUUUUGUGAUACAUAAAAGAGAGCUGCAUAAAUGCAUCACGUUUUUUAGAUUUUGUCGUUUCUUUUAAGUUGAAUGAUGGGUUUAGACGUAAGGCAAGUCGAGCGAUGCUUCGAGUGGCACUAGGUUCGUCGAAAUCAUUAUUGGAUUUACUUCUUUCUUAAAAAAACUAAGGUACAAAUUAUAGAUUACAAAUCGAACGUCAAUUUUAUUAAUAACCGUUUAUUUUUAGAAUUAUUGAAUGUUUUCUUCAAAGUACAAUAUUGAGUAUACUUGGGAUAAUGGAUAACACGUCUAAAUUAAGUUGAAUUGUUAAAACUAUUAGCGGACAAAUUACUAGAGGGUCCCUAUAUAGUUAUAAUGUUGUAUUUGAUGUGAUAGGUGAAUUCACAUUUAGUCGGUGUCUGCAAUCCCUACACUAAGACUUGGCCGAACUCCCCAGAAUGGCUAAUAACUCUGUAAAGAUGGCUACGGUGCGGUGAACAGUAGGUACUGUGGCUCGCUCCGACCGACCGAGCCAUGUGGCCGGCACUGGCGGAGCGGGCUCGGUAUCAGUGAUUGAAUACAAAAUUAAUACAAACUGCUUUUAACUUAAUUAGGGAAGAUUUAACCAGUUCAAACACUUUCCAGUCAAAUACCCUUGUAAUACUGUAAAUAGGGAUCGAUUGGAAAGUGUUUAAUGUAGCUACGAGUAUGUUACGACAUCUAAAAUCUAAAAAAGUCGUCCCUUAUAAGUUUGCCAUUUCAUUAUUUUAGGAUAUUCGAAAUUUAAGGAAUCUGUUAUAAUUUUGUUUGGAAUAGUAAUUUGGAGGUGACAGUGAUUUGAAGUUCAAAUAGUUUCCUUAAUUUAGACUUUAGACCAUGAAAGUCGGACUGGUCUACCAAUUUUACUUGAAUUGUUUGAACUUUUUCUACUUGUUGUCUCCUUACGUUGUUGGAGCCUGAUUGUUUUGCUGGAACAAAACUGCCUUUGCAUUUCAUUUGCUUAUUUAACGGCUCCACUUUGAGUUCUCUAUGAUAAGUUUACGUUUAGUUUAAGUUUUUAAUGUUAAAUCGCGAUAUGUCGUGAUGGUAAAGCCAAAGAUUGUUACGGGUAUGGUGACCCUCUGCCGUCACACUGGCUGUACAGUGACUACACAUUCAACUUCCGUCUUAAAAAAAAAAAGACAUUUGAAUAAAGAACAUUUUGAAAAGUCGUUGAACGUGCCCCACUGUACAGCCACUCUAGCUGAUAAGUUAAUCUACCUCGAGAAAUAUAACAUAGUAAUAAGCUUUUAAAUAGAUUUUUAUAUGCAAACGGUAUAAAUUUAGUGUGUAAGCGUGUUGCGAAAAUUAAAAAAAAAAAUUAAAGUACAAACUAUGCUACCUCAGGAUUCAACACUUUAACGACUUGAAAUUCUAUAAACAUCUCCAGAUGUAUUUAAGAGUAUUUACAAACUUAAGAUUUCUAUACUCAUCGCGAGACGAUUUAAUACUUAAAUAAUAUGGACUGAACGUUAGUGGAACAAAUAUUGUUAAAGCUGUUGUAAAUAAUGCUCAUAUGCGUUCAGAUCCGAGGCUAGCACAGACGUGAAUCUCGGUGUCCGCCGCGUCGGCCCGCGGCGCGGGUCGGCGUCGACGUGGCCCCGCCACGCGGGUCGGGCGGCUCCGGGCCGCUGAGGUGUCGCUCCUAACCCUAGGCUAAGUUGUUAAUUAGGCUAGUUUUAAUAAUCUCAUAGACACUAUUCUACCUCAUUUCUUAAGCAAAAGCUUGUCGGGGAGUCGGCCGCAGUCGCAGUACUCGUAAUCUAAUUGUACCUUCCUUCACUCUCCGGAGUAUAAAACAUUUUUAUUCGUAAUUUUUAUUAUUAUUACUUUUUCCCAGUUAAUUUUUGUGUUACAUAGAUGUUACUAUGUUUUAAGGAGAUGAAAAAUGAAAAAUUAUUGUUUGUUAGGUUUCAGCGAAUUAAAAAAAUUGUAACAAAAUUA